GUUUAGUAGCUGCUGCUUAGUACAUGUUAGAAAUUCGUGCUGUACCAUACAACGCUGAUAGAUUGUACGUCAAAUCAAAUAUUUAUUUAUUUAUUUAUAUAUUUUCAUGUGUGAAGCCCAAAGUGAAAUGGAAGCGUUUUAUUUUACGUAUUAGUGAAUAUAAUAUAUGCACAAGAUCUCGUUCGUCAAGUACGAGCUGAUAAUUGAUUGCAGAAUAACUUCGAUGUGACGACCUUUGCCGUAUAGAAUCCGAAGGUUCAAUAAAAAUAAUAUCGCAGUUCAAAAUAACAUGGAUCAGGCUAAACAAUUGGUGUUGGCUUUGAAACAAAACAACAAAUCGCACGUUGGGUAUGGCUUGCAGCAAGAAAGUGAAGCACUUGUUAGUCACAUUCUCCAAAAUAUGGUAAAAUCAAGCCUUCCACGUUUCAAGCCUAAAAUGAAAAAUUCGAAAGAUUCUAUGAGGUAUCGCGAAGAAGGGAACCAACGAUUUGUAUCUGGUGAAGAUAUUGAAGCUAUUGAAAGCUAUACUAAGAGCUUAGCCUACGCAGAUAGCCCUGAGCUAAUGGCUUAUGCCUAUGCAAACCGCUCCGCCGCCUUGUACAGAAAACAAUUGUACGAAGAGUGUCUAAUAGAUAUUAACGCAGCAUUGUCUUUGGACUACCCAGCGAGUAAGAAAAAAAAAUUACAAGAAAGAGGCCAAAAUGCUAUGUCAGCAGUCAUGAAACGAACGAGCAAAUCAAAUGGCAAAUUACAUGGUAUGAACAGGAUAGAAAAUAAUCACAGCUCGGACACCGAACCUAAAGAGAAGUGUGCAUCUGACAGCAGUGUGGAAAAUGAUGUAUGCGAAAAAUUCACGUUAAUCCCAGACAUGGGAUUUGAGAUGGCUGCUUUAGAACGAUCUUUGACUGAAAGUAAUAUCACGUGUGACAUAAAAAACUGCUCCAUAAACAGUCUGGAUUGCAAAACCUCAAGAGAUAUAGAAAUACCCGAAUAUCUUGCGAAUGAAGGCCUGCCGCAACUUGCAUAUGGUCCAAGUAAAGAGGCUCCAUCGGCUAGUGACGGAGUACAAAUUACGUAUUCUGAAAAAUUUGGAAGACACCUGAUUGCUACUAAAGCGUUCAAGCCAGGGGAUGUUAUUGCAGCAGAGAAACCAUUUGCUUCGGUUAUAUAUGCAGAAAGGUACUAUACGCAUUGUAAUCAUUGCCUCUCUAAAUGCUACAAUUUGAUUGCUUGCCCGAACUGUCCAAUGGCUUUGUACUGUUCGAAUCAUUGUCAAAAAUUGGCUUGGGCUGCAGCACAUCAAAUCGAAUGUCGGAUCAUAUCUCUUCUGCCGAAUUUACUAAAUGUUGACGAAGAUAAAAUACGAAUGCUGACAAAAAUUAUGCGAUUACUGAUCAUGGUUACGCAAAAUGGUAUGCUGAUUGACGAUCUGAGGAAGGACACGGAAGUAGCAGAAUCCAAUUCAGAUAGCAGGACAGCUGGUUUCACAGACGAUGGAAAGUUGGAUAGCUUCAAUAGCCGGUCGGCACUCAGUCUUGCGACGAACAUGACAUCAAGGCCGUUAAUUGGAAUAAGCGCCUUUGCUUGCAUUUCUUCUUUGGCGGUUUUGUUACUUGCUGUGGAAACUGAUUUUUUCAAAAAAAAAUUCUCACUUGCAGAAUUAAAAGACGUCUCAAUGUAUGCAGACAUCCCAUUCUGCGGUGCAAUUAUGCUAAGGGCCUGUGUUAUCAUGUCUUCAAACUGUUUCUCGAUCCAGCAAGACCCAGGAAUCAAAUCUGGCUCGGGUCUUUAUGUGCUUCACAGCCUACAAAAUCAUUCUUGCGCACCAAAUACAUUUAGACACUUCGAGGGCUUGACUAUGAUAACCAGAGCAUUAGAACCUAUUGCCGUUGGUGAACAAAUUUUUACUUGCUACGGUACUGCUCACGGCUGCAUGUCACGAAAUGAGAGAAAAAAAAAGAUCAUGGAAGAAUACUUUUUUGAAUGUGAAUGCCCAGCAUGUUACAAUGAUUGGCCAACAUACAAAGAAAUUUUAGAGAAUCACAUUGGAUCAAUAACCAAGAACAUGGAUUUGGUUCAAAAACUGAAGCCGUUUAAGAAGAAACUAUUGAAAAAUAAGUAUGACAUUCAUGCGGUGAAAAGUAUUAUAGAAAUAUUACACGAAGAAACGACAAAGCCGUGCGAAGAAAUGAUCCACGCAAUUCAGUUUUUGAAAAGCUACUACUUAGGUGUAGACUUAACUGCUGCCUAGUACAAGGAGUGAAGAAACGUGGAGUCGUCAGGGACUAUUCUUCAUACUUGUGGAUGUAUUUAUUUAUUUGAUACAUGAUGUUGGGCUACCAAUGCAUAUACGUAACAACAUCCCAGGUGAAAAUCGGAUAGCAAACUUUAAAUAAGAUUGAAUGUACACGUCCACUUAUUUAGUCAAUAUUAUAACUUGAAGACGUAUUUAAUUCCUAUCCUCAAAAAUAUAUGUGUAACUGACAUCCCUAUUUCAAUGUCUGCAUUUACUAGACUGUGUUCAUACUGAUUUUAAGGUUACUUCAUUUAAUGGUACUUACUUUUAUCGUAUUUGAAUGACUUAAUCUAAUGCGCAAUGAGUUUUUUUUAUUUAGACAACGUGUUGGAAUGGCAAACAUUGUCAUUUUAAUUUAAGCUCAUUGGCGCCAACUGGAAGUAUAACGUCAUGUCGUACCGCCACACCGGUUCAUUAUGUUUUUUUUUCUUCUGUAUCCAUUCUGUUCUCUGUACACGCCAAAAAUAAACGGCAUCGUGUCAAACAUUUA